AAAAAAAAACUAAAAACGUUUCAUAACGAAAAAGAAAAGUAGCUGGUAGUAGUAGAAGAUGGUGCAGUACUAGAAUAACUUUUUUUAAAGUUAACUAACAUCCAAUUGCCAUUUUUAAAGUUUAACUAACAUCCAAGAAAGCGACCUAAACUAAAUGUUUUGAACACAAAAACGAUAUUUCAGAGCAAACCUUAUCCGAAAUUAUUCUCUGAAGCAUGAUCUAAUUCUGUUACAAUCUCUUGCUCUUUAUUUACAGCUCCUACUCAAUCCUGCCAUGGUUCAACUCUUAAAAUCGUUAACGUUCAAUCCAUAGCAACGCCAACACCGAUUCGGCGCUCAAAAAGAUCACCAAAACCGUCCCAACGCCUUCUAUCGAGUGUGGAUACCUCCCAAAACGCAAACACCCCGAGAGUGCAAUCCAAGGCGAAUGAGGUCAACAAGACCUUUGCCUACCCUAUUGCGGACGAGGUGACCGUUGAGCGACUCGAGGCUGCCGUACGGAAGGAUUAGGAAGCGUGGAACACAUAUGUUGCCUUUCUGCGCUCGUUAAAACCGAAGGACGCAGAUAUUACAGUAAUCUUCAGGGAAGUGUUCACCGACGAAGCACUGCUCAACUAUAACGUGAAUGGAACUAAGCAGCACGGCAAAAAGCGAAUGAAAAGUAUGGCGAUUUUUUGGGACUGUUUACUCGAAGCUUGGAAGGAGAAUGGACUGGAACCAACAACGUUACAUAUUCAACUGAUGCGAGUGAUUUUCCUCCUCAACAAACGAAAACAAAACCACAAGUACCGACAGGGGAAAAAAUCCCUUUAAAGUGCUAUAUACCAUCCUCAAUUAGAAGAAUAUGGUGUGCUUUUUCAUUUUAUGACGAAACAAUGAAGUACCAGAAUCGUCACUACUAAAUGCAAGAAACUGAAGGCUAAUGUUAUGUUAUUGUUUUCAACAGAAUUAAAUAAAGAAUUAUCAACAACAAAAAUCCAGCAUUUUAAAAUAACAAAAUAAAAACAAAAAAUCCGCAGCUAACUCCCACUUUUCAUCCACAGAUCCUUUCCACGCCAACGCCUUCGUAAUCGUGAACGUCGAAUCCAUGGAAAGCGCACCCUGGCUUGCGGCGACGGACUCCGACGAUGACGGUGAAAAGUCAAACGACUCCUCCCACCCAGAAGCGAAAUCAACCGCUCGACGCUCGAAACGCUCCUCCAAGCGCGAAAUUCUCAGCAAGAGCAUGUCCCAGCGCAAGGCGAAGCUCAACACGAGCGCGAUCAAGGGCUUCAGCUUUCCGCUUGCGGAAGAGGACGCCGUCGAACGGCUGGAGAAAGGCGUGCGCAAAAAUCAGCAGACACGGGCGAAAUAUAUCAAACUUUUGCGAUCGGUUAAACCCAGGACCGCGAACGUUUCGGCCGUUUUCAAGCAUCUGUUUAUGGACGAAGCAAUGCUGAACUACAAUUGGGUUGGCAAGUUUCGAAACAAGGAGAGAAAAUCGGUGAAAAAUUACAGCAUUUUUCAGGACUGUAUGCUCGAAGCGUGGCAGGACCACGGCGUCAAUCGCACCAAUUUAGAGGAGAGCCUCAGGCGGGUGAUCCAGCAGAUCUACAAGCGCGAACGGGACCGGUUUUACUACAGACGGAACCGAAGUGGUUUAUAGUAGAAAACAAGACUAAUCGCUAUUUUCUUUUUGUUGUACUCUUAAUGUUUACGGUGACGGUUAUAAAAACUAUAUUUUUUAUUUAUAUUUAAAAGUUCAAAGAACUUUGCGACAGUGAUUUCUUGAAAUUAAUAAAUUAUACUCGAAAAACGACAAGUUUCAUUCUACGCGCGCAACAGCCAGAUUAAGAACUAGAAUUACUUCUAAUAUUCUUUCCUUCACUUUUCCACAGAAACCCAAACCCGGUACAGAACAAAAAGCUUACACCAAAUUUCCCUAAUUUUUCAAGAUUGUAUGCCGGAACGGUUUAUCCGACACAAAGUAUUAAGGUGCAGUACUAGAAUUAAACUAAUUUAUUUCUACUUUUCAGAAGCUUGACUAACCACGAAGUUGAUACCACUGUUUUGAAGGCAGACCUCAAGCAGGAUGAUUUA